AUGUCUUCAUCGCUAGUCGCUCGUCAGGUCAGAUUGUAUAGCUCGGUUAAUGGAUUUAAGUCUCAAGCGCCUGCUUUAAGCUAUUUCCAGCGGGCUAAGUUGCCGGCAAACACUAUCAUUAAAUUUGUUCCUCAACAAACUGCUUACGUCGUCGAACGAAUGGGAAAGUUUCUGAAAGUACUAAAGCCGGGUAUGGCUAUUCUAAUCCCUAUCUUGGACAAAAUCACGUAUGUCCAAUCUUUGAAGGAGACCGCUAUCGAGAUUCCUUCUCAGAAUGCGAUUACAGCUGACAACGUGUCUCUCGAACUUGAUGGCGUUUUGUACGUGAAGGUGCAUGAUCCUUAUAAAGCAUCUUAUGGAGUGGAAGAUUUCAAGUUUGCAAUCAGCCAACUUGCACAGACUACAAUGAGAUCAGAAAUUGGCUCUAUGAACCUCGAUUCUGUAUUGAAAGAAAGACAGAAGUUAAACGUGAACAUUAAUAAAACAAUCAAUGAAGCGGCACGGGAGCAUUGGGGUGUCGAAUGCUUGCGUUACGAGAUUCGGGAUAUACAUCCUCCCCAGAAUGUCUUAGAUGCGAUGCAUAGACAAGUGAGUGCCGAUAGAGCGAAAAGGGCGGAGAUCUUGGAGUCCGAAGGAACACGGCAGUCAAGGAUCAACAUUGCUGAAGGUGAGAAACAAGCAGCAAUUCUUAAUGCUGAGUCCACUGCCUUAAGUAUUGAACGUAUCGCAAGAUCAAUCAGUGAAACAGCCGGUGGAAGAGAUGCUGCCAAUCUUCAAGUCGCCCAAAAGUAUAUCAAGGAAUUUGGCAGGAUCGCCAAGACUACUAACACGGUGGUAAUUCCUUCAAACAUGAAUGAUCUUAAUGGAAUGAUUGCUUCUGGUUUGUCGAUUUUUGACUCCAUGAACAAAUCAAACAAGAAGCCCAUCGAGUAA